GAGCAGUUUGUCGUGCAAGCUGCGAACGAGCCUGCGAUCGAUACUUCCGUAGGGCUGAUCGAUGGCAUCGGCUAGCUCAGUGGUGCUGCUGUUGAUCGCGGCGGCCCUCACCGCGGCGGCGCCGGGCGUGCUCUCGGACCCGCCGCCGCUGCAGGACUUCUGCGUGGCCGACCUGAAGGCCGCCACGGCGGUGGACGGGUUCCCCUGCAAGGCGGCGUCGACGGUGGCGGACGACGACUUCUUCUCCGACGCCAUGGUGGCCGCGCCCCGCACCGACACCAACCCCUUCGGCGUCAACUCCACGCGCGCCACCGUGUCGGCCUUUCCGGGCCUCAACACGCUGGGGCUGUCCAUCACGCGCACCGACCUCGCCCCGGGCGGGCUAAACCCGCCGCACUCGCACCCGCGCGGCUCCGAGCUCGUGCUGGUGCUCAAGGGCGAGGUCAUGGUCGGGUUCACGUCGGCCGCGAACCGGCUAUACUCCAAGGUCGUGAAGAAGAACGAGCUCUACGUCGUGCCCCGCGGCCUGCAGCACUUCCAGCUCAACGUCGGCAAGGGGGACGCCGUGUUCAUGGCCAUGUUCGACGCCCAGUCGCCCGGCCUGGUCACGCCCACCCUCGGGCUCUUCGCCACCAAGCCGGCCAUGCCCAUGGAGGUGCUCACCAAGACCUUCCUCGCGGGCGAAGACGAAGUCAGCGCCAUGAAAUCGAAAUUCGCCGGCUUCUGAUCGUGAAACACAAGUGCUCUUGUAGCAGUUCAGCUGCUAAAUUGAUUUUUUUGCGUGUGUGUGUGUGUGAGUAUUCGUUCGUUUUCUAUCAAAUAAUAACAAUUGUAUUGAUAUUGUAUUAUACUCCCUCUGUC